AAGCAACCUAUCAAUAUGGUGACCCCAAACGCAGCGUCGUCGUCGACGGCCGCAGCUUCAGCUUCUGCUCAUAUAGCUGCAGCUCAACAAGCGCACUCAGGCCCCUCGUCGUCGACGAAACCUCUGACGAUUGUCAUUAAACUGGGAACUUCUUCCGUCCUCUCUCUGGACACACUCACUCCAAAGCUCUCCCUCUUGUCUUCCAUCGUCGAGACAUGUCACUCACUACGUCUUCAAGGUCAUCGCGUCGUCAUCGUCUGCAGCGGCGCCAUUGGCAUUGGCCGGAUGAGGAUGGGCAUCCGUGAGAAACCAAAGGGAGUAGGAGAGAGACAGGCCCUUGCUGCUCUCGGCCAAUUGAGGUUAAUGGCCCUCUGGGACAAUCUCUUCCAUCAGGUCGGAAUUGAUGUGGCACAGGUACUGCUGACUAGGAAUGAUAUCGCCGAUCGUCCACGCUACCUAAAUGCCCGUACCACGCUGCAAACCCUCCUCACCACAUAUCACUCGAUCCCCAUCGUCAACGAGAACGACACUGUCUCGACUUCCGAGCUGCGCUUCGGUGACAAUGAUACCCUCUCUGCCAUCACCGCAGGCCUCGUAGAUGCCGACUACCUCUUCCUCUGCACCGACGUUGAUGGUCUCUACACGGGCAAUCCGCGCUCAGAUCCCAAUGCAAGGAGGCUAGGCGUGGUGAGGAGCGUGCAAGAGGCAAGGAGGGCGGUCAGCGUUGAUACGAUGGGGAGCGACUUUGGUACGGGAGGGAUGCAGACCAAGCUCAUUGCUGCCGAGCUGGCUACUGCUGCCGGCGUGGCUACGGUCAUUGUAAACUCACAGAGACCGGAAGAUGUGGCGGACAUUGUGGCAAAGGGGAUACCGGUGAUGACGGAGGAACGAGAAGGAGACAAAUCUUCGAGUCAAGGCGCAAAUGGCCAUCCCGACUCGCUGGCCUCAAGCGUAGCUAGCCUCCUCCCACCUGAGACGGCCUCCCUUGUGGGUCAUCCACCUCUCACAGCGCCAAACCACACGCUCUUCCUCCCAACGCCCUCCCCUCUCCCUUCACGCAAAUGGUCUCUUCUCCACGCCUUGCACCCGUCGGGCAGCAUCGUCAUCGACGAGGGGGCGUACAGGCGGCUAAGCAAGCAUGAGAGCGGUGGGCGACUGCUCCCGGCGGGCGUCGUGGGGAUCAAAGGGCAUUGGGAACGAAUGCAGGCUGUCAGACUCGUUGUCCGACGGGCAAAGGCUAGCGAGGGGGAACAAGGGCAAGGCCACAGUGGCAGCUCGCUGCUGAAGCAAGCGGCACAGAAGUUGUCCCUGGCUGAUGGAGGACCAGAGAAGCCUAGCUCGCUGUCAAGCACCACUCCAUCUGCCAUGCCUACACCUCCCAUCGUCGACGAUCUCACCCAUCCAUCAGCACCUUCCUCAACAGCGGCGACCGCGCCUGCAGCAGCUCCCCCUCUACCGCGCGCUGUCUCCUCCCAAGGCAUCGAGGGAGGCGACGAGGACGGCUGGACCUACACAGAAGUUGGACGCUGCCUAGCCAAUUACACCUCGCUGGAGACGGACGCCAUCCGUGGCCACAAGAGCGGAGAGAUUGCCACCAUCUUGGGUCACGCAGAUAGCGAUUAUGUGACUGAUCAAGUCGCCUUGAGCGUUGUGAUGAACGCGCAAUAAGCAGGGAGCGAGGUGGCGUGGACGGUAUUGGUAUCGAAUAGCAAGGCAGUGCAAAGCGAGAAUACGAAAACGGACUGAAUGUUGUACGAUGGGCCCCUCUGGAGCCUACUCUUGCUCUUCCUCUCCGCCUCCCUCGUGUGCCUCGGCCUCCCCCUCGCGCACUACCUCGACCCCCAAUCUGCCAGCAACCUCCUCCACGCUCUCCCCAACACGAUUUUUCAGUCCCACACACUCCUCAACCGCAGCGCACAGCUCGUCCUUGUACCCUUCGAGGCUCUCCUGUACCAGCUGCACCAAAUGCUUCUGAUGCGCGCGCAAUUCGACGAGGCGAGCCUCGGCCGCUUGCAGCUGC